GGCGGAGGGGUCUCGAGCUGUGUGCAAACAGGCGUGCGGAAGUGGACUCUCUCUCUCUCUCUCUCUCUCUCUCUCUCUCUCUCUCUCUCUCUCUCUCUCUCUCUCUCUCUCUGUGCCUGCCUUCGGUGUUGUGCGUGAAGAUGUGGAGCGUCCAAAGAGGAAACAGGAGAUCGGCCCCAUCGUCUGGAGAUCGAUACUGCCGAAUCGCAAUCAAUCUUACUGCUGACUGUGUGGAGUGGAGGGGUCAACCUACACCUAUGCCAAGGUGAACUCCAAGCUGGACCAAUUUCAAUUAAUAAAUAAAUAAAGUCUUCGACUCAGUUCGCCGUGACACGUGGACGGUGCAUGCCACUCUAUGCAGCAGCAGUUCCAUUGACACUUCAUCUUGAGGUGUCUCCUGAGGAGCCAAAGGUGUGCCUUGUGAAGAGACUGAUUGCACUGCAAGGGGAUUGGGUGUCUGUUCCAGGGACCUAUGAUAUCACACAGGUACCUAAGGGCCAUUGCUGGGUGGAGGGAGAUAACCCUAUGGUCAGCAGCGACUCCAAGGCGUUCGGGCCGGUUCCCUUAGCGCUCCUCGAAGGGAGGGUUACCCAUGUAAUAUGGCCGCCGACAAGGGCGGGCAGAGUUGAAAGCCGUGUGCCGGAGGGACGUGUGCUGCUUCGUAGGACCUUGUGACUCGUAUCUUCCCACUGUCCAGAUUUAUCCGGAAUGGAGAAUUGAAAGUCGCUAUCCUGUUUGUUUGUUUGUUUGUUUGUUUUCCGCUCUUCCUUUCUUUGUGCAUGUUGCUCCUCGAUCUAUGUUUCUUUUUUUAUUUUUUUUAGUCCUUCCUUUCUGUAGAGUUAUCAGGGAUUCAUCUUCCUUGUAGUCGUCAAUGGCCAUGUAAAUAUGGGUGUGUACAUUUCCUUUUUUCUUCGUUUUUGGUUUAAUCCCCUUCUGAAUCAGGAUUGCUGUUUUGAGGUGAAGAGAAUGAAAAUGACAGCCACCA